AUGCACCAAUCAUUUGGAUGGGAGACUGUUGGUGAAAUGUUGGAGCAGACUUUGCCUGUGUCUGCUAUCUUCUCUUUUUUUCCUACUGGAGUUGGAGUGAAAAAUGUGUCUGGAGAGAGAAUAGCGGAGAAAGAAAGGAAGGCAUCACAAGAAAUUCGCGCAUAUUUGGCCAAUAGAAAUCUUGUUGAACACGAUGCAAGGUCUGAUCUCCGAGGUCUACACUAUCUCCACAGUCACACCAUUAUUCAUGAAGAUCUCGAGUGUGAGAAUUUUUUUGUGAAUGGCAAUAGUGCAGAGUUAAAAAUUGGGGGUCUUGCGUUGGCUUCUGUUAUGCAUUCUCCAAGUAGUGGUGUUGGCACUCCUGAAUUGGUUUACCAACUGUUUGAUAUACAUUCCUUUGGAAUGUGCAUGCUAGAGUUGGUUUCUUGUGAAAACCUAUAUGGUGAAUGCAAAAGUCAAGCACAAAUAUAUAAGGUUAUGUCUGGAUUGAUGAAGCCAACUGCUCUUGAGAGGGUGAAUGAUCCCCAAGUGCCAAAGUCCGGUUCUAUUCCGACGGACAUAGACACUAGCAACAAACCUUUCAGCUCCAGAGUUUCAGUGGUUCGGAUAAGAGGUGAGAAAGUUGAUGAUAUCUCUGUUUCAUUGACCUUGCGUGUUGCUAACUUGUGUGGUCAGGUGAACACAAUUGAGUUUAAGUUUGAUCUUGAUACUGAUACUGUACCCUCAAUAGCUGGUGAGAUGGUUGAACAACUCAAUUUUUUGUCGAAGGAUGAUAAGCCAUCAUUAGUGAAGUUAAUGGACAGGUUGAUUGACAAACUUGUACCCAACUGGAAAAAUUCAUCAGGAAAUGGAUUAACAGAUUCAUACGGGAAUUCUGCUGUACUUCAACAUGAUCAAAACUCACAAAGUUUGUCUGUUUUGAGAUCCGAUGAUGAAAAUACUGAUCAACACAAAAAAGGUAGUGUUCGGGGGAAUGUCAUAUCGAGUCAACCAAUGAAGGAUUCAGAGAUACCCUCUGCUGCUUCAUCCAGUGCACUGUCUAAGGAGAUGAGUUUGUUAAGUCUCUUUUCACCAUCUGAAGCAGACGAUGAUCGGUUGAAGCUGAAGCUUAAUGGUAUUGAGAUGGAAUACUACCAACGCCUUCGUGAACUGUUGAGAAUGAGGGAGGAUGCCAUAUAUGAUGCCAGUCAGAGGUGUAUAAAAAAGAAUUAG